AUGCCCGCCCCCAAGGAUUUUUUAUUAGGAAUGAAAAAGCCCCGCCUUUACGUAGCCCUCUAUGCUCUCGAGGGAGCUCUCCGCGAGAACACAUCCUCUGGUGCGCAAGACUACUACUGGGCCUUCAUCGUUGCUCCAAAGAAAGGACCCAAAGAACAACAGUGCAUACGCUACCGCAUCAAGAAAAGUGAAGCAUGGGAGAAAUUAGACCCGGGCAAAGUGGAAUUUGAGAGGGUGGAAUGGGACCAUGACAGAUGUCUGGUGCCGCUUGGCCGUCACGACGAUAUUGUAGCCCGAGUGCUGAUCGCAAAGAUCGAGGAGCCCGAACGCGUGGAAGAGCAUAUACAGCUCGCGUGGCCUGAGCAAACGAUGCACGUUAAGAAUUCUGGCAGCGCUCGGACGUCGAAAGAUUGGGUCCAAAGAGUCCUCGAGGGAUUGGGGAGCCCCUCGCUCGGCCUAGGAGAGGAAAGGUAUCUGAUGUUGGGGAAAUUGGCGGAUUGGGGGAAGAUAGAAAGUUGUUGUACCAGUUUCGCGAUGAAGGUGGUGGUGGAAAGGGCAAGCCUUGAGACUGUACCGACUUUUGAUAUGCUGAAGAACCAGGAGGUCUUCCAGUAG